CCCCAAACAAAACUUAAACAACCCUUAGCCGAGUCGGGCUCCCCGUUGCGCGCCCCCUUCCACGCGCGCCGAUUUGCGAGCGGCCAGAGGAAGGUAUUUGUUGUUCAACCGCACUUUCACGAACUUUGGCCCGCGAGAAUACAGUUUGAAGCAAGCGCUGUACGAGAGUGGUGGUGGUGGAGGUGCUACUGCCGCCGCUCCUGCGGCUGCGAGGAGAGUCACGGAAACAAUAGGAGGGGAGUAGGGGGGGGGGAGACCGCAGAGAGCCGCGGAGAGCUGCAGCGAAAGGGAAACCGCCUCUCUUGGCCGUGGCAAGAGCGUCGCGCGAAAACUCGUGAUGGUGGUCGGGACGGAUCCGUGAGUGAGGUCCCAGUUGUCGUCGCCACCUCCUCGUCUCCGGCCCCCUUCCCCACUUUGGUGGGGGGACGUUCGACGCCUCUCGCAGGGAAACUUAACCCCUCGGAGCAAGAAACGCGUUAAAAUGUUCAUUUAUUUUUUUUAACAAAAAAGUUUGGAACCAAAAGAAAACGCUGACACUCGCUGGGGAUAAAGUUUCGGAAGCGUUGCGCAGGACGGAGGAAUUUAAACAAAACUUCGCGGCAGAGUUCGGCGGACAAGGCAACUCCAAACCAUACUCAUCAUCACCCCGAUACGUCUGGGUCUCUCUGGAGGAGCUCGCCGACACGCCGCCCCACCCUCAACGGGCCCCUCCCGCGCUGCUCCGACUCCCGCAGAGGACGCACCUCUUGACAGAGAGAGCCCUCCAGGGCUCCAGCAGUGACCAUGGGUCCCCACAGAUCUCCGCUCCUGUUGCUGCUACCCGCCUUUCUGGUACUGCUCCUGCUGCUACUCUGCCACCGAGCCUGCGUGGACGCCAGCGAGUGGUGGUCGCUGGCCAUGAAUCCUUUGCAGCGCCCGGAGCUGUACCUGCUGGGAGCACAGCCGCUGUGCUCGCAGCUGGUGGGGCUGUCUCAAGGCCAGCGUAAGCUGUGCCAGCUCUACCAGGACCACGUGGUGCACAUCGGGGACGGGGCACGCCUCGCCAUCCGCGAGUGCCAGCACCAGUUCCGUAACCGCCGCUGGAACUGCAGCACCGCGGACAGCGACUCCGUCUUUGGGCGGCUCACCCAGAUAGGGAGCCGCGAGACGGCGUUCGCCUACGCCGUCUCGGCGGCGGGCGUGGUGAACGCGGUGGCGCGCGCGUGCCGCGAGGGAGAGCUGGCCACGUGCGGCUGCAGCCGGGCGGCGCGUCCGCCUGACCUGGAGCGCGACUGGCUGUGGGGCGGCUGCGGCGACAACCUCGAGUACGGCUACCGCUUCGCCAAGGAGUUCGUGGACGCGCGCGAGCGCGAGCAGCACUACGCGCGCGCCUCCGCCGAGAACGCGCGCGCUCUCAUGAACCUGCACAACAACGAGGCGGGCCGCCGGGCCGUCUACCGCUUGGCGGACGUGGCUUGCAAGUGCCACGGCGUGUCGGGCUCGUGCUCGCUCAAGACGUGCUGGCUGCAGCUCGCCGAUUUCCGCAAGGUGGGCAAGGAGCUCAAGGAGAAGUACGACAGCGCGUCGGCCGUGCGCCUGGGACGCCGCGGCAACCUGGAGCCGGCCAGCCGCAAGUUCAGCCCGCCGUCCGUCGACAAUCUGGUGCACGUGGACGCGAGCCCGGACUACUGCGUGCGCAACGAGACGACGGGCUCGCUGGGCACGGCAGGCCGCUCGUGCAACAAGACGUCGGAGGGCAUGGACGGCUGCGAGCUCAUGUGCUGCGGCCGCGGCUACGACCACUUCAAGGCGACCGUGGUGGAGCGCUGCAACUGCAAGUUCCACUGGUGCUGCUACGUCAAGUGCAAGAAGUGCACGUCGGUCGUGGACAGGUUCGUGUGCAAAUAGCGGCGGUGGCCGUUUUGGGCUCCGUUCCUCGCUCAUUUUCGGACUUCCUCCACCUCCUCGCCGCAACCGCCACCCGACUCCCAAACAUGACCCCCCCCCCCCCAAAAAAAAAAAACUGCCUUCCCCCGACAACCCCACCACCCUGCCCGCCAUUCCCCACCGCUCUGCGUAACCCACGACCGCCACUCUGGAGCAACUGGAGCAGAACAGCGCAGGAGAGGGGAAAUAAAAAAAUCUCGAAGACUGAUGUUGUUCUUGAGCGCUCGCUCCCGUACAAGCAACUGAAGCAAAUCUGAGAGAGAAAACCCCAGCAGGCAGCUUGAGUGAGCUUGCGCACACGUGCCUCUUAACUGCUGGAUCGCGGCUGUGCUCGUCAUGGAUGGACAUUGCGAGUUGCAACGUGGGAGCGGAUAUUUGAGCACUGGCACGUGAAAAAAA